CGCAUAUACUUUAUUCUACGUUCGCCUUAUUUAUAUCGAUUUUUUCAUGUUUGUUUUCGGUAUAUUACGUGUCUAAAGAAGAGGAGAAGGGAAAAGAGAUCGAAAUAGUAGUUCUUGCGACGUGCGCCGUACGACGUAGUUAUCGCGUCGUAGGCGUAGUAGAGAAAGAGGCGUAUGCAUGUAAGAAGGUGAAAGGUCGUGAUGCUGUUCACGAAGAAUUCUUGGCAAGGUUUAAAAGCGUUCAAAUCUCGCUCGAUUUAGUUCGAAAGAUCUCGUACUUGAUUUUUCCUCAUUUUUCCUUUCUCCUUGUCUGUUUCUCUCACUCUCACUCUCUCUUUCUUUCUGUCUCUCUCUCUCUCUCUAUCUAUCUAUCUUUCUCUUUCUAUCUUCUAUACUUGUUCUUUCUUUCUCUGUCUUUCUCUCUGCUCCUUUCUAAACCGAUUCUACGUUCGUUCAGCCAAAGCGCGUACGACGCUGGAUAUUUCGAUGUCUCCGAGAGACGACCAGUCACGUUUUCUUUUUCCAAUACUUUUCAACGAAGUUUCCUCGUCAUAUCGGAUACGUUCGAAUACAGGCGCCUAUCAUUUAACAUUCCAUUGGUAUCGUCGAUUUAACGCCGCGAGGGUAACCAACAUGGCAGCGGAAUCAAAAAUUGCUCUACCAUCGUACGGUGGAUAAUGAGGACCUUACAAGCGAGAGAUUAGCAAGAUCUCGAGGCCUGACAUUUCACAAAAGGACAACUACGAUGCUCGGAUAACAACGUUGUCUCGAUGCGAAUGAGAGAAAGUGAAAUAAUGUGUUCUAAAUAACGAAAUAAAGGGUUAAACUGGCAGAGAGAGAAAGAGAGGGAGAGAGAGAGAAAGAGAGAGAGAGAGAGAAAGAAAGAAGGAAAGAAAAAGAGAGAGAGAGAGAGAGAGAGAGAGACUUGGCAACGUAACAACUGAUCAGCCGCCCCUUCAGUCAAAGUUUGAAUCUUUCAACGGUCACGCAAGUUCGUUCGAGUGCCAUUUGCGCUUUGGUGUACGAUAAAUUCUCUGCUUCACGAUGGAUGUUAACGACGAAGUCUUAGUUUGUGCGGCCGAAAUUAUAAAAGAUCGAUUGUACUUUGCGACAUUAAAAACAAUGGUAAAACCCAAAAGUACACCUAACACUCAUUACUUCAGCAUUGACGACGAGUUAGUAUAUGAGAAUUUUUACGCAGACUUUGGUCCGUUAAAUCUAGCUAUGUUGUAUCAAUAUUGUCAAAAAGUUAAUAAGAAACUCAAGGCAGUAACGCUGAGUAAAAAGAAAAUUGUACAUUAUACUACGAUGUACCCAGAAAAAAGAGUGAAUGCUGCCUUUCUUAUAGGAAGCUAUGCUAUACUGUACUGCAAACAUACAGUGCAAGAAGCUUACGAAUGUUUGACCAAUAGUCCAAACAGUCCACCUUUUAUGAUGUUCCGUGAUGCCUCUGUAGGAUCUCCGUGUUACAAAAUAUCAUUGUAUGAAUGUCUUAGUGCUAUAGAUAAGUGCCAUCGUCUUGGUUUUUUUAAUUUUCAAGAUUUUCGAGUUAAAGAGUAUGAACAUUUCGAAAGAGUUGAGAAUGGAGAUUUAAAUUGGAUAGUUCCUGGAAAAUUCAUUGCUUUUUGUGGCCCACAUGCAAAAUCUAAAAUUGAGAAUGGAUAUCCACUACAUGCACCAGAAUCCUAUUUUAACUAUUUUCGUCGUAAUAAUGUUUCUACGGUUAUACGACUUAAUACAAAAAUCUACGAUGCUUCAAGUUUCAUAGAAGCAGGCUUCGAACACAAAGAUCUUUUCUUUGUGGAUGGUUCGACGCCAACAGACUCGAUUAUGCGUCAAUUUCUUAAAAUAUCAGAAAAUGCAAGUGGUGCUGUAGCUGUACAUUGCAAGGCAGGUCUUGGAAGAACUGGUUCUCUCAUAGGAUGUUAUAUCAUGAAACAUUAUCAUUUGACUGCUCAUGAAACGAUUGCAUGGAUCAGAAUAUGUAGACCAGGUUCUGUUAUUGGACAUCAACAGCAAUGGCUAGAAAAAAAAGAGGCGUUUCUUCACUCAUUGCUGAAAGAACCAUUGCAUUUUGAGAAUAGAAAUCCAGUGCAUAAAUACGGUAUAUAUUCAAUAAUGGGAAGACCUAAAACCGCAUUCUUAUUAAAUCUAAACAACGCUCGUGUGGUACAAGAUAAUGUUUCUGGCAUAAUGCACAGAGUGGAUGGAAUCAAAUUAGAUGAUUCUACCCCUGUUGCAAGUCUUAAAUCAACAAAUAGACACUCGUCCUCUACUUUAACACAAGGUGAUAAAUUAAAUCAAAUUAAAGCUAGAAGAAGAAGACUACGUGUAAAUCAGUCUUCUCUUGGCACUCCUACUGGAUCAUCAACAGUUGUUCAUCCAUAUUUAGGACCAUUACUGCAAACCAGAAAUCAAAAAGGAGCAGCUAUUGCUACAUUAGCUGGAAAUAAGGAAAAAGGUCCUUUAAAAAGAUUACUCGCGAGAUCGACAGCAACAACAGUUGUUAAAAGAAACAGUUGGCUGGUCAACAAUAGCUGUGAUCCACCUACCCGCCGUGUUAGAUCUAAACCAACAACACAGAUCCAUAAUAUCAACAACAAUACAACUACUACUACUCCUGUUACAUCUAUGUCUAUAUCAAAACCAGUGACAAAGACAGGAAGGCCCUAACUUUCAUUGCUACGUGUACUCUACACACGGCACAAGUCGUCAUUUCCGGUGCACAGUCAACACAGGCAACCAUAUGUCCACAUGGUAAGAAAACCACACCUAACUCUCCAUUAUAGCAAAUUUUACAUACUCUAGCAUCAUCUACGGAUUUGCUACAGUGCGCUUUCGUACUAUUGAAAUCUUUACAUCCUUUAAUUUCUUCAGAUGUAGAUCCUUCUACUUUCAAGCCACUCUCAGUUCUGUGACUUGGCCCAGGGGCAUUUUCAAUUUGACCAUUUUCUCCGCUAUCCGAUGAUAAUGGUUCAAUUGUUUUAAUAAAACUUGGUAAGUUCAUUUGCAAUGCCUCCUGAAAAAAAAAAGAAGGGAUAUGUUAAUAAUCAAAUCCGUAAGAGUAAUAUUUAAUUCAAAGAAAUAGGAAUUAACAUGAGAAUUAUAAAUGUAAGUUACCUCUGUUGAAAUGGGCGAUGUUUGCUGUCCUGUGACUUUAUUUACAUACUCUUGUCCUUUUACCAUCAGGAGAUAGCAACACUUGGGAAACCAUUUGGCAUGUUCCUCCCAGGGAUCAUCUUCAGGUUCCCAAUCUUUGAGGCCUCCUCCACAAUGAUAACAAAGAGUCUGAUCACCAUUUCCUGUGUAAUGGAAUCCAGCAUGUGCUAAAUGCUCUUUUGUCUGUGGCAUUGAUCUUGGCCAGGUAUCAAAUGUUUUUAAUCUUGCAUCAUAACUAACAAAGUCAGGAUGCAAUGGUCCCUUUGUACGACCUAAACCCAUAGCAUUUAAUUUGGCAGUGCUCAAAAGUUGUAACUCUGCUGUAAGAGUAUCAUUUCCAGAAUUUUGAUGAUAUAUUCCACAAACAUCUAAACUAGAUCGUACUGGUGGUAUAGUAUUUGGAUCUGCUCCUAUAGGUACAUUUCCACACGGUUGUUUUUUAAUAAAUCUACAUUUACUCGACCAACGUUUAUGAUCCUCCAUUGGAUCAUCAUUUUCUACCCACUGACAUAUCUCUAUGUUACAUUCAAAACAUUUAACUUUGUCUCCUUCACCAAGAUAAUAAAAUCCAGCUGCUGCUAAUUUUUCUGGUUCUAUAUAGGGCACAGGCCAGUUUUCAAAACUUCUUAAUCUCUCUGAUUCAAAGCGAUAACCAACAUUAUCUACUUCAUCUACAGAUUUCAUCUCUAGUGAUGAAGAUAAACUUACAUUGCCAGAAUCUCUGACUGGCAAUGAUUCAUUUGGUAAAUGUUCAAUAAUGUCUGUCAUGUUUGUAAUUUUAAUUACACUUAUUGCACUUGAAUGUUGUAUCAAUUAUUUGUGUUAAAGUCUGUAAUAAGAAACCAAAGAAUGGUCAGGCACAAAUUGCAAUUAUAAAAC